GUUGGUUCGAUAUAUCACACGUCACUACUGUAUAUAAUACAGGGUGUAAAGAAAGUUUUGGUAGGGCGGGACUCAAAAGUUUGCGUAUGAGAGAGCGGUUUUUUUAAAAAUAAUGGUUUGACUCACAUAGCGAAACCAAAAAGGAUCUCUGCGCAAUGAAGUGGGCUGAGCUUACUUGCUAAAACUUUCUUUACACCCUGUAGUUGUUUUACUCUUUGAUGCAGUUUGAGCUUAAACGGCUAAUCUCAAGUCGCAGUGUAAUUUCCUUGUUGAUCUCAUCAAAAUGUCAGUUUUUAGUUCUCGUUCAUCUACUCAAAUCGACAACUACAUCUUUAAACUCCAUUCAACGGUGACAAUUGUAAUUUUAUCAAUUUGCAUCGUUUUUGUUGGUAUGAAGCAGUAUUUUGGAGACCCAAUUGAAUGUUUGAAUGCUGGUUCACCUCAACUAACUCAAGCUCAGAUGCAACAUUUUUGCUGGAUGGACGGAGCGUUCACCAGUGUUUAUAAAUAUUCAGGGGAUCCAGAAUGCCUAGCUGAAGUGACUGGACUGGACAAUGCCUGUCCAGGGGCAAAAAGCUACCAUCCACACAAGGGUGAUCUUGAAAUGCCCCAAAAACACAGCCAAUGGGUUUUUUAUAUAUUAUGCAUUCAAUGUAUCCUGUUUUAUGCACCAAAGUACUUAUGGAAGAGAAGAGAAGCAGGUAGACUACAAGAUCUCAUCGAUAAACUCAAAGACAGACACAUUCUACAGUACGAGGGUCUAGAUAGAUUCCUAUUAGUCCAAGAUACUUCAGAUGUGGUGCUGCUUGGUGAUGAAUUAUAUAGCUGGUUUUUUUUCUCGGAACUGCUAUACCUUUUACAUAUCGUGAUGGAAAUAUUUUUCCUAAAUGCAUUUCUUGAUGGAAAAUUUUUAUUGCUCGGUUUUCAAUGGUUUCAAUGGCUUAACUCUGAUAAUAUUGAUCCGUUGAUUAGGAUGUUUCCUCGUCUAACUAAAUGCUCAUUUCACAAAUAUGGUACUUCUGGUUCUCUAGAGACUUACGACACAAUAUGUUUCAUGCCAUUAAACAUAGUCAACGAGAAAGUUUUUGUAAUGCUUUGGUUUUGGUUUAUGGCUCUUUUACUCGCUACUAUCUAUCAUGUUCUUAUUUAUCGAACUUUUAUAAUCUCAGAAUCAUGGUAUCGAAUGGAAAGACUUGCAGCUGUCGCUCCAACUGCGGAUACAAGUUUUUUGGGAGAAAUAUCUGAACAUCCAGGUCGAUGGUUUGUAAUGAAUACGAUUGCAUACAACUUAAAGCCUUAUUUCUUCGCAGACCUUCUCGAUAAACUGCCAAAAGAUCAUUACGUUGAAAUUUUCCGCUAUGAUCCCAAAGUGAGCAUGAAAGAUUUCCUUGUCGAUGGUAAAGUUCCUUUUUCUUCGUUCUAAUGCUUCGGAUGGCGAGGGGAUAAUACUAAUGCUAAGGACGAUGGUUGGCCAUAACCUAAAAAGGAUAUUGUUAAUAUUGUUUUGAUAAAUAUUGACUGUUUACAUUUGGUGUUCAUUGUACUUUGUACUCUGUUUUUACUUUCAAUAUUCAAAAACUGACAUUUCAAUGUUUAUUUCAAAGACUGAAAGCAUCAUUAUCAUCUUUUUUAUAUUUCUAAUCGACUCCAUAUGCCAUAUUUAUCAUGACGAUGAGCAAAAUUGUCAAGCCUUUAUUUUAAUAAAGUAAAUGAUUUUAAAAAAUUCUAA